AAAACCUUGAUAACAACUUUCCUUUAUUAUAACACGAAUGACAAAAAAGCACACUAUCCAAAAUCUCUCAUAGUUUCCCCAUUGCCCUUUCUUUGCUUCACGUUAGCUUCCUCUGAACAAUGGCUGCCACCGCCGCUGCUGCAGCUACAUCCUCUUUUAUGAGCACCCGCCUCCCUGAUGUCUACAAAAGAUCAGGGAGAGUCGUGGCCAGGUUUGGCUUUGGCGGCAAGAAAGCUGCCAAGAAAGUCUCAAAGUCAAAACCAACCUCCGAUCGCCCUCUAUGGUACCCGGGAGCUGUGGCACCCGACUGGCUAGACGGAAGCUUGGUUGGUGAUUACGGGUUCGACCCUUUUGGCUUGGGGAAGCCUGCAGAGUACUUGCAAUAUGAUUUGGAUUCUUUGGACCAGAAUCUGUCAAAGAACAUGGCGGGUGAGAUCAUUGGGACCAGGACUGAGGUUUCGGACGUAAAGGCAACACCGUUUCAGCCCUACAGCGAGGUGUUUGGUCUACAGAGGUUCCGUGAGUGUGAGCUGAUUCAUGGACGGUGGGCCAUGUUGGCUACUCUGGGUGCGCUUGCUGUCGAAUGGCUUACCGGAGUUACCUGGCAAGAUGCCGGCAAGGUUGAGCUAGUUGAGGGGUCAUCUUACCUCGGCCAACCCCUUCCAUUCUCCAUGACAACAUUGAUUUGGAUCGAAGUCUUGGUGAUUGGAUACAUUGAGUUCCAAAGGAACGCAGAGCUUGACCCUGAGAAGAGGCUGUACCCUGGAGGAAAGUACUUUGACCCCCUUGGCUUGGCUUCUGACCCCGAGAAGAAGGCUACCCUUCAAUUGGCUGAGAUCAAGCAUGCUCGACUUGCCAUGGUUGCUUUCCUGGGCUUUGCAGUCCAAGCUGCUGUAACAGGCAAAGGUCCUCUCAACAACUGGGCUACCCAUUUGAGUGACCCCCUUCACACGACCAUUAUUGACACCUUCACCUCUUAAAAGAUUCCUUUGCUUUGAGUUGAUUUUACUCGAUGUACUAUUUGUAUGUGCCUUCUAUGUUGUAAAAGUGUAUAACAUUACAGUUUCAGCAGAGAAUGCUAUUAGCUCAUA